AUGCCAGCGGUGCGCAAAGCUAUCGCGCGCCAGACUUCAGGAGCACCGAGUACAGCGGUCAGAUGUCGCCCUACGCUCCCUCAUUCUAUCCCGCGGGCUCAUACGCGGCCCAGCUGCUCGCCCACGAGGAGACACAGGAGAACGGCAGGCUUGCAGCUGCGCGGGCGGCUCAGAACCGCCAGCAAGCGCCACCGGAACGAACUCAAGGCAUGCUGAGCAUCUACAAUUCCACCAACGCUUGGCUGGGCCUGAACGAGCCGGGCGUAGCUCAGUGGAAGGCCGGCCAAGCCGCCUAUCCACGCCGUCCCCAGUCGAAUAGCAGCGCGAACAGCAUCUUUCCGCGACGCCCCCCAUCGAAUGCCAGCUCAACAAACAGCAGCAGUUUUCCACGGUCCCAGGUGUCGUCGGGCAACAGUCCACGAGCGUCGCAGGCGUCGCAGGCAGACAAUCACACUUCAAGGGUCCAAACCAUUCGAAUAACAAAUCCCUGUCUGCCCAACACUCGCCACCUUUUGAGUCCGGAAAGAGAGCCGCGCCAGGCGAAUGCUUCUCCAGCCGCAGCAGCAGCACCAGCAGCAGCAGCACCACCACCAGAUCGUCCAGAGUCGGCUGCUCGCUCGCGAUGCUCGCCCGAUGGCAUUCAACCCAAGUUCGUGUGGCCAAGAAAGCGGCCUUGCUCGGCUUGGGUGGAACCAAGGCAGCAGGCAUCAGCGCGAUCGUCGCCUUCAAUAGCGCCAGCGAUGGUCACGGCAACGGCGACGGCGACAUCGAACUAUCCGCCCUUUGAGGAAUUUGUCGCACAGCUGGACCAAUGGGGCGUGGAUCGGGAGAUGUUCGUUGGCACUCUGCGUAAUCUGGUGGUGCGUGCCAACGACUUGCUGCAGCCAUUGCUGGGUGGUCGAUUCAGUCAAAUGUCGCCCGAGCAGAUGGCCGACUACACCUCGGCCAUCAUCAACACUGGGCCGCUGCAUCCCAGCCUGUUCCUUCCGUCCCAUGCACAGCGACAGUGGGAGGGCCACGGACUCGAGCUGCCCUCCAGUCAUCCGCAUAGCCUGACGCCCGAGGACUUGGCACAGAUCAGAGCGUUUUGCAGCACGAAGGACGCCAGCACACAGACGGAGUAUGACUGCCUCUGCAUGAUGUUGGGCUUUCCCGGCAUUCCGGCUCUAGAUCGUCCCCAAGCUGGACCUUAUGCGGCACCGCCAUUGUUUGAAGCGACCCCGAACGGGCCGCGUCUAGCUCCAUUGGGUACUGUCCCGCCACUCGAACCGAUUCAGAACUUUGCGCCGGAAACUGGUCUAGGCGCAGCAUUCGGACAAGGCGCAGGACUUGGAACUGGGGCAGGACUCGGUCCCAACGCUGGACUCGGAACUGGGGCAGGACUCAGACCUAAUGCAGGACACGGAGUAGGACCCGGUCCUAACGCUGGACUCGGAACUGAUGCAGGAGUCAGAACUAAUUCAGGACUCAGAACUAAUUCAGGACACGGAGUAGGACUCGGUCCUAGCGCUGGACUCAAACCUAAUGCAGGACACGGAGUAGGACUCGGUUCUAACGCUGGACUCGGAACUGGGGCGGGAGUGAGACCUAAUUCAGGACACGGAGUAGGACUCGGUACUAACGCUGGACUCGGAACUGGGGCAGGAUUUGUUACUGGCGCUGGACACGCACCUGGCGCAGGGUUCGGACAAGGAGCAGCAUUCGGAGCUGGUGCAGGAGCCGUACCACCGACAGGAUGGCAAUAUGCUGUUCCCACUCCUCCGCAGCCGCAACCUCAACAGCAUCCGCAUCAGCAUCAACCGCCUCCACCGCCUCCACCGUAUCUUCCUUUUCAGCAGGCGCCGCGUGUCCAAGCGCCAUAUGUAUAUCCCAACAACAACAUGUAUCCGAAUCCGAAUUUGAACUCGAAUUCGAAUCCGAACAUGUUUCAGCAGCCGCAGCAGCAGCAGCAAAAUCCACAACAGCAGCAUCAUAUGCCACCGCAAAUGUAUCCGGCAAUGCCGCCUUUUAUGAAUCAACAAUUGAAUUUCCCUCCCCCGAUGAACGGACCCCCGAUGCCUACAGUGCAGCCAAUGUCGACAAUGGCUCAAAUGCCGCCAAUGCCUCCACAGAUGCAUCCCUCCCAGAUGCAUGGGAACAUUUACCCGCACAUGGCACCGCCGACUGUGCCACCAAGCACAGAUAGCUAUAUGAACUCCUUCACGACACCCAAUGCCAAUCCCUUCUACGAUCCGUGCGUGCACAAUCCGUUCUUCAACCCGACUAUGGAUCCCAAUGUGCAGCCGCUCCACCCGAAUCCUCACAUGCAGCCGCCGCACAUGCAGCAUCCUACACUCGGCGGGCAUCCACUUCCGCCUCCAAUGGGACCAAUGGGCAGACCUUUGCAUUAUCCCGAUCCUGCUAUGAGCUCUGGUGGGCCACGCUUUGGCGGACGUCCUAGCCACAGCCACGGCCAAGGCAAUGCCCACAUUCAUGGCAACGUAAGCUUGCACGGCCAUGGCCAGCCUCAGGUCCACGUGCAAUCUCAGGUCCACGUGCAACCUCAGGUCCACGUUCAACCUCAGGUCCACGUGCAACCUCAGGUCCACGUGCUACCUCACAUCCACGUGCAACGUCAUAUCCACGGGCAAACUCACGUGCACGUGCAACCUCCCGUUAACGUGCAGCCUCACAGCCAUGGCCAACCUCAGGGCCACGUCCACGUCCACAGCCACGUCCAUGCCCACGCCCAAGGCCCGGCCAAUGGAGAACCGUCCAGAGAGGGGCCGUCAAGCAGCGGACGUACCAAACAGAAACGCGAACACGAUCGCCAACGCUGCCAAUCGCCACCUGCAAAGGAGCAACGUGCAAAGGAGCAGCUCAGCUCGGACGUCGUCUCCGAAACGGAUUCGGACUCCGAAACCGUAGUGGGCGUGGAGCUGGAGCUGCAGGUCCAAGUCAAAGUUGAACUGUGCCAACCCGACAGCACGCCAACCCACAGCAGCAGCGCCGCCGCAGAGAAAAUCGCUGCAGGCGACAGCGUAAACGGCAGCCCAAAGACCAGCGACACCAACGAGAAGGUUUCCGUAUGUGGAACGGACAAGAAGCAGCAGACCAGCGAGCAGCAGUCGCAGGACGAAGAAGCGUCCCCAAGCCAGGAAGGCCAAGGCAAAGGCACCUCUGCCAGCGCAGGUGGCCCUGCCAGUGAGGAGCCCGAUCGUUUCCGAUACACGGCCUAUCAAGUACGCGACGUCAGUGAGGACGAAUCUAGUUCGGAUGACUCCGAUUCUCCCCCGCAGGGCCCGGCGGUCAGACGAGUGCGAUUGCGGCCCUGUGCACAGGUGCCGCCAACGUCAAUCGUCAACGCAGGAGGCGCUCAAAUGCCGCCAGCUACCACUGGAGUUGCUGCAGAGCCGCAGCCGAGCGAUCUGGAGACUGCGGCAGCUGUGGCAAGUCGCAGCACUCGCCCGCCCACCUGGCCCGCUCCUCCAACACUGGAUCGCAGCGAGGAGUUCGUUGGGCCCAGCUUUGGGGGCAUCAAUUUCACCAUACACGACAUUAACCCACGCAGAAUGAGCCCGGCCACUCCCGCAGAGGGCGACUGCAUCAAUAUACUCGGCAAUCUGCACAAUCUGAACUACCUCGGGGAUCCCAGCGAUCCCAACAGGAUUGCCAGCCAUCCGAAUGCCGAAUCGAGUAUUAAUUCUACGCUGGAUCCAAUGCAGAUGCCACUGCCACCACUGCCACCUCUGCCACCACUGCCGCCGAUGCCUGUGCCGAUAGUUGUGCCGAUUAUGAUUUCCGAGUUCAACGUAUUCAUGCUGGAUCCGCCGCGUCCCGUAAAUCCAACGAUGCCACCACGUCCAAUGCCUGAUGGUGGCGAUGGCUCCAUGAACAGUCGCACUGAAGCCAAUGGCAUGGGAUUGAAUCCUAUGAUGCCGAUGCCGAUGGCGAUGGCGAUGCCCAUGCCGCUGCCCAUGGCCAUGGCGAUGCCCAUGCCGAUGCCACGUCCAAUGCUAGUGCCUGAGGCUGAGCGCAGUCUGCCAAUACAGAUGCCGAUGCCGAUGCCGAUGGCGAUGCCAAUGCCAAUGCCAAUGCCCAUACCGGUGCUGUCGUGGGACAGUCUCGAAGCCCUGGACAUGCUGCUGAUCGAUGGAAUGGCCAUGGUGAUGGCUCCACACCCGCCAGCCCCCGUUGACUUUGUGUUCGAGCUGCCCACGCUAAAUCCAGCACUCUUUGCCAUGGGCAUCCAGCCGGCCACUGAUCCUGCCGCCAACAACGUUACCGUGCAACCCGGCAGCUCUGCCUCUGCCUCUGCCGCCGUGCCUGUGCCUGUGCCGCACAGAUCGAAUGCUCCCUCCGAUGUGAACAGCAUGGAAAUGAACGUCGGUGUCGGUGUCGGUAUUGGUAUCGAGUUCAAUGAUCCCCUGAUGAUCUUUCCGUUACCGAUACCGAUACCGAUGCCGUUUCCGAUUCCGAUCGAGAUACAGCUGCCCCGUGGACCCCACAACGGAAUGGUGUUGCCAUUUGAUCUGCCCGAUCAGUCGCCACUGCGUCGCAACUUCUACGCCAUGACACUGCACAUUCGGAAUCUGUUGAAUGCGAAUGGGACGGUGCCGACCCUGAACCCCAUUGCCCCUCCCCUGUGGAGCCACUUCAGCAUCAACUUGGGCCAUGGCCUGAGACUGGGACUGGAACUGGAUGCAGAGGUUGGUGCGCCGCCUGCCAACCUGAUGCCACAAAUGAUGCCCAACCUGAAUGUGACGUUUAUCUUCGAGAUGGGAGAAGACGUCACCAUUCCACAUAUGAACGGCCUGCGGGUGCCGAGAGCCACCGCGGCGGCGACAGCACUGCCAAAUUAUUCGACCCUCUUCAAUGGUCUGGAGGUGUUGCCGGUGGUCGCCGAGGAGGAGAGUGACCUGGAUGAGUCCUCCAGUGACGAGUCCAACAUAAGCACCGAGUCACCGCCCAGUUUCACCUCCUCGGGCUGGACAACAGACGAAGAACGGUCCAUCACCGACACGGAGUUAGCCGGAUCAGAUUCGCCCCGAGUGCUUGGCAGUGCUGCCAGGGAAUUAACCCUGCCGAUUGAGGAUCAUCGACUCGAUCAAGCAGCCAGUGAGGAGUCGGCUGAGCUAAGCAGCGUCUAUGAUCUCUCCAGCGAGGACUCAACGGCCAUGGAUCUCAAUCUGACGAUGCACGAAGAGCAACCAAUGGAAAUAGAUAAUCAGGAUGUGACAUUGGUGCCUCCUAGGACGGAUGAAGAUGGGGUCACCAUUUAUCUGGACUGUUAUCGAAUGCCCUUGACAGUGGAGGAAGAUGGCAGCAGCGUGGAAUUGGCCAUGGACGUGGAUGUGCCGCCGCCCAACCUCAUGCCACCCAAUCUGGAUGUGACGUUUGCCAUCGAAGAAGAAAAAGCCACCGCAAGCGCAGCCGCAUUGGCAGAUAGCAACGCUGCCAUUGCCGUCCAGCUGGUGCUUCAGGAGCAGCAGAGUGGCAUUCCGGCAGUAUCCAUCAUAAGCGCCGCGGUGUCCGGUCCGCCCAACGCAGCGGAUGCCACUCCGCUCAGCUCAAUGGCACAGACGAUAAUGGGGGCAGAUCAUAAGAGCAACGAUCAGGGCAAUCAAGUCGCCAGCGGGGAGUCCGAACCAAUGGAAGUGGAUAUAGAUAAGAGCGAGGACUGCACGCGGGACGCCACAGAGAGCGCCGUGGCUGGCGUUCCAACACCUGACACAUCUACAGACUGAACAGCGAGGAGAGUUUUGGGUUUCAAAUUUGUUUUGUAUCCUCUUUUGGGAUAUGCAAGGCCGGUAAGCCGAUAGCAGGGAGCAGCCAAGAGAGAGGCAAGCGAGAUUAUAACCAGAGAGAUGGGAACACUGAGACUGACACCAAGCAACUGAGAAGAAACAAUUUAAGACUGUUCGAAGUAAUCUUAAUUUAUGUAAAAACUCUGUUACAAUAAACACAAGACACCAAAACAC